UUAAAGUCCCUUCCUACUUCUCAUUUCACACAGCCGUCGUCUCAGCUUUCUUCUUAGAGAUAGAGAGAGAUUCAGAGAGAGAGGUAGAUUAAUUACGUUGGGUUUUGGAUCUGAUCAACAACGAUGCAGGUUGCUUUUCCUCCUUCGCCGCCGGCGAAAUGCAUCGACGAUGACCGAUUAACGGAGAUUUCCAUGAUGUUGAGCGAGGAUUUCUGUAAGAAGUUGGGAUUUCCAGAAGAAGGAGAAGAAAUUCGAAAAUUGGAGAGAUCUUGGAGUAAACUCGAAGAAUCCGUCGAAUUUGACGAGGAAGAGGAAGCAGGAGAGGAGGAAGAAGAAGAAGAUGAAGAAGAAGAAGAAGGAGAAGAGUUUUCGUUUGCUUGUGUAAACGCACAAGGAUCUCCAAUAACCGCCGAUGAAGCUUUCGAGGAUGGCCAGAUCCGUCCUGUUUUCCCUCUGUUUAAUCGCGAUCUCCUCUUCCAUUACGAAAACGACGGCGUAUCGAUGACCGACAACGACAACAACAACCACGCUCUGAGGCCGCGUCUCAGAAAACUGUUCGUGGAGGAUCGCGACGGAGACGGAAAUAAGAAGGCGGCGGAUUCGGAGCUUGAACCGUUGGGAGCGUACUGCUCUUGGUCAGGUGGGACUGUUGAGGAAACGUCGCCGGAGACUUGCCGGAAGAGCAAUUCGACGGGAUUUUCGAAGCUCUGGAGAUUUAGGGAUCUCGUCUCGAGAAGCAACAGCGACGGAAGAGACGCGUUUGUUUUCUUGAACAGUAACGUCGGCGACAAGACUCAGUCGUCGUCGUCGUCGGCUGCGAAAUUGACUAGAGAAGAUGAUAAGAAGGCAACGGAGGAGAAUAAGACAACAAAAACGAAAAAGGGGAAAGAGAAAACGACGUCGUUGGAGAAGAAGACAAAAUCGGCGCACGAGAAGCUUUACAUGAGAAACAGAGCGCUAAAGCAAGAAGGGAAACACAGAUCGUAUCUUCCGUACAAACAGGUCGGGUUCUUCACCAAUGUGAAUGGUCUUAGCAGAAAUAUCCAUCCUUUCUGACAAAAUUCGUCAGAACUAAAAUAAAAAAAUAUUGAAACUUUUUUAGAUAUUGGGGUGUUUUUUUUUCUUCUCGUGUUAUGUAUAUAUAUAAUUUUCUUAGAAGUUGGUACGUUGGUUUAAUUGAUUACCGAAAGCUGUACCGUUUUUUUUUUGUCACACUAUUUUUCUGUGCAUUGUGAAGAGGAGCUUGGCUUGUAUUAAAACCAUUAUGUAAGUGAAGAAAUCAAGAAAAGAAGAAGAAGCAAUUUGCUGGAUGUUUGCAAA